UUAAGUCUGUCGUACGUCUCGAAAUUGAUCAGUGAAUCGAGGAGACAUGGGUGCUCAGAAGAAGAAAGACGCGGCUAGGGUUCCGGAGGGUCUAAGUCGUCAACGGUUACAAGCCAUUGUGAUAGCGGACAGCUUCAACACUCGAUUCCGUCCCUUAACCCUAGAACGCCCAAAGGUACUCUUACCUCUAGUAAACAUCCCGAUGAUUGAUUACACCUUAGCAUGGCUCGAAUCAGCUGGUAUAGAUGAGAUUUUCGUAUUCUGUUGUGCUCACUCGUUGCAAUUGAUCGAUCACCUGAAAAAAUCCCAGUGGUGCUCGUUGGUGAGAACGAUUGUGUCUCACAAAUCCACCAGUGUUGGAGACGCUCUGCGUUACAUUUAUGAACAGCAGCAUACAGAGACGUCUCAGAUUCAGGGAGAUUUUGUUCUUGUUAGUGGUGAUACUGUGAGUAAUAUGCCACUAGCUGAGUUGAUUCGAGAACAUAGGGAGAGGAAGAAGAGAGAUGAGAAAGCUAUCAUGACUAUGGUUAUUAAGAAGCAGUGUAGUAGGCUAAGGUUAGGAUCUGAUCAGCUCUUUGUUGCGGUAGAUCCCGUAACGAAACAGCUUCUUUAUUACAACGAGGGCGGAGAGGUUUGCUUAGAUAAGUCACUAGUGCUGGAUACUAGUGUUUUAGUAUGCAAUGAUGUGAAGGAUUGCUACAUUGACAUUUGUUCUCCUGAGGUGCUUAGUCUCUUUGAGGAUAACUUUGAUUAUCAACAUCUGCGCCGUCAUUUUGUCAAGGGUUUGCUUGUUGAUGAUAUUAUGGGUUACAAGAUUUUCACUCAUGAGGUUCACUCGAGUUGUUAUGCUGCAAGGAUCGACAAUUUACGGAGCUAUGAUACGGUUAGCAAGGAUAUCAUCCAGAGGUGGACUUACCCGUAUGUACCUGAUAUAAGUUUCAGUGGGAAUCACCCUCUAAAGCUCGGGAGACGAGGGAUGUACCGGGCUUCUGAUGCAGUUCAAUCACGAUCUGCUGAUAUUGGAGCUUCUACUGUCAUUGGAUACGGCACAAGAAUUGGUAAUGGUGGUAAAAUCUUUAACUCUGUUAUUGGGAAUGGAUGUUCUAUUGGAUCAAAUGUGGUGAUACAAGGCUCAUACAUAUGGAACAAUGUUACGAUUGAAGAUGGGUGUGAGAUAAGGAACGCUGUUGUCUGUGAUGGGGUGAAAAUCAGAGCAGGAGCUGUUCUGCAGCCUGGUGUUGUUUUGUCUUUCAAUGUUGUAGUUGGGCGGGACUUUGUUGUGCCUGCAUACUCAAAGGUUUCUCUGCUUCAACAGGCGAUUAAAGACGACAGCGAUGAAGAACUGGAAUAUGCUUACAGUAGCAGGGGGACAGCAGAUCUUUUGUCUGGCGUGAAUAAUUUGCAAAUGGAGUCCAAAGCAUCUGAACUUGGUCCUGAUGGAGCCGGUUACAUAUGGGAAGUUUUUGACAGUUCUCACGACGAGGAGUGGUGGAAGCAUUCCAUUGUACCAAUCCCCAUGGAGAAACUUGCCGAUAUCACUCAGGUCACGGACGAUGGUGACAUAGAGGAUGAAAGUGUUGUCCCACCUCGUGGAGAGUUGAAAUCUGAUAAUGAUAGUAUUAGCACUGAUGCAAAUGAUCCCAAUGAUGAUGACUAUGGCUACUUUCAGAGAGAGGUUAGGGAAACCUUCUUAAGGGCCGUUGAAGAGGAUAACAAUGUGGACCAUGUAACUCCCUUGAUUAACUCACUCCGGUUCUCAUACAACAUGGCAUCUGCAGAUUGUGCUGGAGCAAUAUUCUACUCUAUGAUGAGACUGGCAGUUGAUAGUCCACAUAACUCUACUAGUGAAUUGUAUAGAAACGCCACGAGUAUCAUCAACAAAAGCAAGGGACUUCUUGGGUUCUAUGUAAAGCAAAUUGAUGAACAGAUAGAGGUGAUAAUGAAAUUCGAAGAGAUGUGUGAGGAAACUGCAGAGUUGGUCCCUUUGUUUGCUCAGAUUGUGCAUUUUCUGUAUGACAAAGACGUGGUGCAAGAAGAUGCGAUCUUGAGAUGGGGGGAAGAGAAAGCGGGUGCAGACGAAUCUGACAAAGUUUAUCUGAAUCAAUGUGAGGCAUUCAUACAGUGGCUCAAGGAAGCAUCUGAGGAAGAAGAAGAUGAAGAAGAUAGCUGAAUUGGUAAACGUUGGGUUUCCGAUGGAUUGCAAUGUAGUUUCAGUAUACAACCUAUUUUUUAAGUUGAUAAUUUUACAUGUAAGCGAUACUCUGUUAUUUGAACUGGCAUCAUCAACAAUCUUACGUUUGUUUUGUUGUUGAAUUUGAUAUUUCGCGUUUUUGUUGUAUGUGCUAGAGAAAUGUUGACUAGACAAUCAGUAGGA